CGAUGCAGAAGCAGCCAGUACAGCAGAUGCAGAAGCAGACGAUGCAGAAGCAGCCAGUAUUGCAGACAGGGCAAGCGAUGUGGCCUCCAGUGUUUUCUGCAGCAACAUCAGUUCCCCCUGCUUCUCAAAUCCCCAGCAUCACCAAUGCCAUGCAACGUCCGCUGUUUAUCCCUGGUGGUCCUCACCCCAAUGCUAUUCCUCCAGCGCUGCCUCAGCCAAUCCCGGGCCUGAUGAACCUUAGUCAUCUGACGCCGCCACCUUCCAACAGUCAGCCUCCGGCAAAGAGGGCAGUCUCCAAGGGUCUGCCAACGUCAGCCAUGAUGCAUGACUAUGCGGCUGCCACGCCGAGAAUCUUUCCACAUACCUGUACUCUGUGUAACAAAGAAUGUACUCGUAUGAAGGAUUGGAUCUCUCAUCAGAAUACCAGCCUUCACCUUGAGAGCUGCAAACUCCUCCGAAAACAAUACCCAGAGUGGGAUGGUGAGAUAGCACUAAGGCCCAGUGCUGUAGGUAAAGAUGCCAAGCCCUCGUCCUCAAGUUCUUUACAGACUUCCCAGCAUCGUCAACAGAAAGUCAGGCAUGGAAGCCGCUCUCGUUCUCACUCGUCCAGCCCCCGUCGCCGCCAUGGCUCGGAGGGUAGAAGGGAGAAACGCAGUAGCCGAUCACGUUCGCCGCAUAAAUCCAGAUACACUCGCAGGUCCCGGUCUCGUUCUCGUUCCCCAUGGUACGAACGCCCUACCUCCUCCCGCUAUCGGUCACGCUCAAGGAGCCCCGAGAGACGAUCGUCGCCGAGGAGGAGAGACGACAAACGGUCCUCACCACGGAGGAGAGACGAUAGACGAUUAUCUCCGAGGAGGAGCCGUGAGAGACCGUCCUCUCCAAGGAGGAGUGACGAGAAGCGAACGGGAUCAAGGAGGAGUGAUCAGAGUCGAUCCCCUCAACGAAAGAACUCUAGCAGUGCAGAGAUCCUGACUAGGAAACUACUGAAAUCAUCAGCUGUCCAAUCUCUGUCAAAACAUUCUGAUCUGGAGGCCGUGGUUAAAACUCUGGCUCCUGCCUUACUGGCCGAGCUAGCCAAGAUGAAACCUUCCUCGUCUCCUACUGCCUCUUCCUCAUCUUCGUCUUCUACAGCAAAGAAGGAGUUGCCUAAAAAGCCAUUUAAAGCAAAGCUUAGCCUGCAGAAGAACAAGGCAAGUUCCUUCACCAUGACUAAGUCUGGUAAAUCUUCCCCUCCAACCAUGGUGAAACUACAAGGGAUUCGUAGUUCUAUCUCUCACAAUGAUGUGUUGGCUGCAGUGGAGCACUUUGGAAAAACCAAGUCAGUUGUACUGUUUCGCUCCAAACUGGAGGCAAUCGUGUGUUUCGAGAAAGCGGAAGACGCAAAGAAAUUGAAGAGCGUGGAGAGCCUCGAUGUUAAAGGAAUGCUAAUCACUGUUGUCAGAGAACAGGAGACUGUUUCUAUUGAGCAAAAGAAGCCUCCUCAGAAAAAGCCUGCCUCGUCCAGUGUUUCCACAUCUCAAACCGCUACCAAAAAGGUUCUUCUCCCUACACCUAACAUGCCUCCGCUUAAAGGGCCCAAAAAGCCUUUAUCUUUACCUUCUGGAGCCAAAAAAGCUCCAACAGGCAAACUUAGCAAUCAGAAAAGUGCAGCUAAAGGCUCCGUUAAAGGCCCAACGACUGUUACUAAAGCAAAAGUCUUGGUUUCCAAGGCAAAAAACGUCUCAACCAGGCAGACAACAAAAAUGGCAACCAAAGCUGCGAAAAUGGUAAAAACAGGAAAUAGAGCUGAGAAGAGAGCUGUAAUAAAGGCCAAGGCGAUGCAAAAAAAGGCCAUGGUGAUGCAAAAAAAGGCCAUGACUCAAUCAGAAAAUCAGCUUGACGUAGAAAAUUCCAAGCCUAAAGAAUCAGAAACCAAGGUUCAAGGAGAUGUGCCGAAAGACACAGCUGAUGUUGAAAAAGCGAAUGUCCCAGUUUUUGAACCUAAGCAUCAGGCAGAACUUGGCAAAGCCAAUGACUCUGAAGAUGCUGAACCAAUGGAGAUUGGGGAAAUCGGAGUUGAAGUGGCAGAACCCAUGGAAGUAGCAAGUUGUGCUGAGGGCCAAGGAGAAAAUCCGGCAACUGCAGAGGCUGUACCGGCAACUGCAGAGGCUGUACCGGCAACUGCAGAGGCUGUACCGGCAACUGCAGAGGCUGUACCGGCAACUGCAACGGCUGUAUUGACGACUGCAGAGGCUGUACCGACAACUACAGAGGCACCGGGAAAUUUACCAGGCAAUUCCAGUGAGAAUCAACCACCAAACGGUACAGUUGAGAACCUGCCGACAGAAACUGUUUUACCACACGUCCAGCAAAGCACCUCGUCAGAACCAGAGUCCACUGUACAAGGACCGGAGACCAAGACGGAGGCUUCACACCUUCAACAGCAGGCUGCAGGAAGCCUGACUGAAGUCGCUGUGGAGGCAAAGCUGCCAGAUGAAAGGGUGGAGACAAAAACAAUGCAAAAAGAUCCUGUGACAGAAGUGAAGAGACAAAAGAAGACCCCUAUGACUCUUGAGGAGAUGGUUAAAUGGUACAUGCAUCCAUCCAGAAUAGCGUGCCUGAAGCUGGACUCAAGCUCGUACUCACCAAAGUUUAAGUCACUUAGGAAUAUGCAGUUGCUCAUAACCAACCUGCCGGAGUAUUACGACGGCUGCUACACAGAAAAGGAUCUUGCAGAUCUACUCGUGCCCUUUGGAUUUCAAUAUGCAGAUGACAACAUCAUUGUUGUUCCUCAGGCGUGCAUGGCCUUUGUCAUGAUGCCAAAUAUGAAUGAUUAUGGGAACAUAUUAAAAGCCUCCGUAAGGAAGGGCUUUUUCCUCAGAAGUUUUAAACUUGAUCUCCAUGCAGUAUCCAAUAGCAUCAGAAUGACACCGUUGGAGUUUUAUCGGUGGCUGAAUAAGCAUGUGCAUUAUAAUAAGGUUGAUGAUGGAUCGAAAACAAUCUUCAUCAAGAACAUUUCAUGGAGUGAGUCCAACCAGCUCAGAGAAGAUUUGGAAAAAAUAAAUUCUGUUAAGCACUUCCUGCCUCUCCUCAACAAGGUAUUUAUAGAAUUUGAGUCCACUCACGAUGCUGAUCGCCUCGGAGUUUGGUUGAGUCUCCUGAAACAACCCCCUGGCUACGAAGUCCACAGGCUGAAAAUGCCAUACGCCAGCUGUACAUCACUACCACCAAGACAUCCUGAGAAAGCUCUGCCAGACAGCAAAAACGCUCUUGACUCAAUGAUCCCACCAAUAAAAUAUAGUAUUCCAGAUGCCAGCAUAGGACCAUUUUGGGUCACCAUGAGAACUAGUCCCUUCCUGUUCCCCACCGUGUCUCCUUGGUUCAUCAUCCCAGAGUACCUGACAGUCAGAGGAGAGGAAGACCUUGAGAAGGCCAGUGGUCGUGAUUCCAUGAUUCCAGCAAUCAUGUUGACUGGUUUGCCAGAAGAAAACUACAAGCACGAGGACGUGGCUAAGCUGGUCUGGCAUUAUUUCCCGAAACAGAACCUUCACUCCCUGUAUUACAACGUGAUGGUCUUGAUGCUGCAGAGGAGGGCGUUUGUGUUUUUUCCUGAUUGGACAACAUGCUGCGAUUUUGUCCGAGAUCACAUCACAAAUCCAGUUUCUGUCGAAGGCUGCGCGCUUACAGUUCACAUUGUGUUGGAACACAUGAAACCCGAAUCCAGUGAGGAGAUGAUGUACACAACUCUGAUGAAGUGGAGCAACGCUGGAGUUCCAGAGUCCACUUCUCUGGAGGAGCGGUUGCUGUGUGUGGAGGUUUCUGAAGCGUCUGUGGACGUCGUCAGGGCGGUCGUGGAAAAGGUGGCGUCCAUUGCGACCUUUGUCGGCUUUCUGCCGCUCGCCAACAGGAUAUGCAUUGAGAUGGCCGACUCCAGCUGUGUAACCAAGGUGGUGGAGAAAUACAACACUUGGAGCAAAGUUCAACAUGUUGAGUGUUUAAAGAGCCUAAAACAGCGUCUACAAGACUCCAGUGACAUCACACUAAACUUUGAACCGGACACCAUCAACAUCAAAGCCGAGCCCGCAGCUGUGAAAUGUCAAACCCAGCCUCCUCCUUCUGAACUAUUGGAUAAUGGCUCACAACCCGCUCUGCAAACUAGUGACCCUGCUGGAUCCACCAUUUCUGAGCCCACCACAACAGGACCAAGUGAUACGGCCACAAGUGAUGUAGCAAUGAAAGAGGACUGUGAGAAACCAGGAACUGAGAUCGCCAUGGACUCCACUGUUGAUCCUGAGGCAAAUGAAGAUGUAGAAAAAGCAGAAGUAAAGGGGGAAGAGGGUUCACUAACACCCUUGAUCUCUACUGCUGAUGUGACCUCUGCCGUUAGCAGUGUAGACACGGUCCCAGCUGUUUCCAGUCCUGAUCCUUCUAGUCCUGCCACCACAGUGCUCAUGCCUGAAGAAAACUUUGCAAAACUUCCUCAGAUUAGUACGGACAUUUUCCAGGCCGUCGUGGCAGCAGUUCGCAACCACAGGCUUACCCGGGACAGCAAGUCCCAGAGGGAGGAGAAGAAGAGCUCCAGCAAAGGCAACACAAGCUCAUUAACUGCAAAGGCUGAAGACACACCAAAAAGAAAGUGUGAGGAUGUUUUUAUAAAUGACAACCCUCCUUCAGACGCCGGUCUUUUCGAAGAGCAAGAUUUCAACAUUGAUGACUUUGUUACCAUUGACGAAGUUGGUGAUGAUGAAGUGGGAGGCACAAGCCCCGAGCCUCAGAGGUCCUCCUCAUCUAGGCACUCCCCCAGAGCGAAAAGAGAGCGGCAAAGCUCAGGUGUGUCUUCUGUUGGCAGACGGACAUCAACGAGGUAUUCGAAAGACUCCAAGAGCUCAGCCUCUCCUUCACUCUCCUCACCCAAGUCAACUAAAGGCUCAAGCUCUUCUAGCUACGUGUCACCAAAAAAAUCCAAGGACUCAUCUGAGCCCACCAAGUCCCCUACCAAACCAUCGGCUGCCUCCCCUUCUUCCCCUGGUCAGAAAACACAACAUAGCAAGACAAAAUCUCCAGCCAAAGCAUCAAAUACUGCAUCCUCUGGGUGUAGAACCCGCUCAUCCUCCGCUGCACAAGAAAUGGAAAAGAUGACAUCAGUGGCUACAGUCAAGGCUUCAGUGGAGACUCAUUCUGAGCCUCUGAUAGAAGAAGCAAAAGACACAGAAAGCACAGUGGCAAUGUCUGACCACACAGUGUCAGCAGAGAGCUUUGCUGAAAAAACUGUUGAGUCAGAGACAAAAAUAGAAACCUCAUCAGAGAUACAUCCACCUCUACAGGGACAUGGAUUAGAGUUGAGCCAAUCCCAGAGUCUGGAGGUUGAUGUUCAUGUCAACACAUGCAAAGGCCGCAAGAAAACCAAAGAGGAUGGGAAAGAAGACAAUGUUGAGAAACAUACAGAGGUGGAGGUGGACGACAGGGAAAAAUAUCAAAUCCUUGGUUCACUUGAUGAACAGAUGAAUGAUGCGGACCAAGGCGGCAGGUCUGAAGUCCAGCCAACUGUACCCGAGGGAGGCCAGACUUUGCACGAGGAAAGCUUUCAGGUCUUGGACAGUGUCGACGAUAAAGGCAAAGCCCUCCCACGGGAGUACAGUGAAAUGGAAAUAGACAGUUCUUUCCAAAUGGUGGACAGUGCUACCCAAGACCAAGCAGAUACAGGUCAAGAGGAGAGUCACCAGGUCCAAGAGGAUGGUUCCACAGUUAAGCAAGAGUCUGAGGAAGCAGCAAUUCCUGCCGGCGACAAAUCUGAUGAAGAUUCAGUACAUAAAGAUCAGGAGACAAAUAGUGUAGAUCAGUUGUUAGUUACAGGUAGUAAACAAGCUCCAAGGGACAACAGAGAUGGGAAGACGGGAGAAGAGGACAACGAAGUCAAAGGCAAAAUGCACUCAGCAGAGUCCUGCAAAGCCUUCAAAGAUGUGGAAAAUCCUGAUGGCCGAAUCCCAAAUGAAGACCAGCUUCUUCAGGACACCGACAACAAAGAUACUUUGGAAACCUUUGAGAUACUGGAUUCAAUUGAUGAUCAGAGCGCAACAGAAGAUGACAGCCAAACCCUUGGAAUUCCCAGUGACCAGAUAUCUAAGGAAGACAGUCGGCCCAUGGAGGUAGAGGAAGACGCGUAUCAGGUAAUUGAUUCGGUGGAAGAUCAGCCAACAACUACAGAGUCAGAGACCGACAACACAGGAAAAAGGAAGCGAGGGGAGGCGACUGCUAGAAAAGAUGAUAGACCAUCAAGGAGGAGUGGCCACACAACCACAGCAUCCAAAAGUGAAGAGAAGCAGAAAUCACCGAAAAAACAGGACGGGACAGUUAAAAGAUAUGAGACACGGACGAGGAUGGACACCUCUUCUAAAAAAGACAAAGAGGUCAACGAGGAGAUGGUGUAUGAGAUAGUAGAUUCUUUUGAAGACAAACCGGUUCAAGAUGUCGCCGCCACCGAAAUUUCUGGUAGACGAAGGAGUGCAAGAGGUAAGAAAGAGGAUAAAAUUACAUUAAAUCUCACAGAAGCAACUGAAAAACCAGAGGAGGCGACGUACAAGAUUUUAGACUCCGUGGAGGAUGAAACGGCCAAUGAUGAACCACCCAUCCUGACCAGAUCUACCAGAGGAAAAAGGGAAAGAGCCACUAGGAAAACUACUUUGGAUGAGAAAACGAUAAAAGAGGACACGCCAACAAGAAUGAGGCCCACUCCUGCCAGAGAAUCACAGGAACAAAACCAGGAAAGAACACCAAAGAAAGAGGAGAAAGCCCCUCUAAAAGAGAGCACACCAUCAAAGAAGAGUGACAAUGAUGUAAAAGAGGAAAUUGACUGGGAUGCUACCUUUGAAGUAUUCGACUCCGUGGAGGACGAGGUUGGUAAGGCUGAUUGGCCCGCUACAAGAAGAAAAGGAAAAAGGGGAAGACAGAAGAAAGACGUUAAAACAACUAUAAAAGACACGGACGCGUCAAAGGAGGGUGAAAAAGUGGCCCAUGAAGAAGAAGCGACCUAUCAGAUUCUCGAUUCUGUGGAGGACGAGAUGGUUAACGAUCAGCGCCCCACAGGACAGCCGGACGAGAAAAAUUCUACCAACAAUGACGAGCAAACGAGGAAAAGUGAAGCUCUCGCUGGAGCACCCAAAAACGAUGAGGAGGAAGAGCCUAUGUAUCAGAUCAUAGAUUCCCUGGAAGACGAUCAAGGUCAAGAAGAGCUGACAGCCACAGAGAACAAGACCAAAGACAAAACUCCUACAAAAGAGGAGGCAUCAGCUGAAAAAGAAGACGCCCCGACAUAUGGCGCCGCAGUCGUGGAAGCGUCCGAAAAAGUCGUCGUCAUGGAGGAGACUCGGUAUCAGAUAGUCGAUGAUUCAGAGGAGACAAGUGACCAUCCGUCUUCUGCAGAAGGCUCUGUUAUGGGAAAUAAGAAAGUGGACAAAUCAACAGCCAAAACCCAGAGUGACACUGCCGUACUCGAAAGCGGGAACAAAUCGCCGGAGAAAGACGACCCAACGGGCACUCUGGUGAACCUGGACCAAGUGAGUGAGGAGGAAGACGAUUACCCCGACGACACGGCCGAGGAGGAAGAGCUGCGAAAGCGACAAGCCGCCGCAAAAGAGAAGCUGUUCGCCAAGGAGCGGGAAGCUAGGAGGACCAGGGACAGGGAGGAGAGGAGGACCAGGGAGAGGGAGGAGAGGAGGACCAGGGAGAGGGAGGAGAGGGAGCGAAAGAGCCGGAGCAACAGCAGAGCAGGUGGGGGAGAGACAAGGAGGGCGAAGGAGAGGGGGAGGGAAAAGGAUGAGUCGGUGGAGGUGGAUGCCAAGGAGCUGGUGACUCUGGAUGAGGUGGGAGCAGAUGAGGCCGGAGAGGAAAGAGUGCCAGAGAGCCGGGAGUUGGAUGGGGAGAUGACGGAGGGGGAGCUGCAAGCACUUGUUACUCUGGAUGAGUUCGUAGAAGAAGAAGAGGAGGAGGACGACGAAGAGGCCAAGCAAAUCACACUGGAGACCCGCCCACCCAGCCAGGAGGACGAAUCAGAGGACUUCUCAAACUCAGAGACUUUGGUGACUUUAGAUGAAGCUGGCGACGAUGAGGAAGAGAAACCUGACAAAGAGCAUACUGAGAAAACCUCAUGUACCGUCACACACAAUGAUGAUACAGUUUUAGAGGAAAGUCUGAACUUUGUGACGCUAGACGAGGUGGGAGCGGUGGAGGAGGAGGAGGAAAAAGAAGCUGUAAAAACCAGGACAAGAGGACGUGGCAAGAAGAGAGCCAGACAGACCCCUGUGAGAAAAUCUACCAGAGGGAAAACUGUGACUGCAACAGAGGAGAGAGAAGAAGAGUUGGAACCAGCUAGCACCGAGGUUCUGCCUCCAACUCCACUCGAUGCCUCCUCUUCACUGGACACAGAUCCGUCUACGUUGUCAAGUGACGGCCAGCCGGAGAUCCAGAGGGCCGAGGUGGAAGCAGCGAGCCCAGCUGACAUCGAGGCGGCCUCUGCUGGGCAGGAGCUGCAGCCGGAGCACCCUGGGGACCAGACGCUGGAGGGAUGUGUGGAGGAAGGAGAGCAGGAAAAGAAGGCAGGACGGAGCAGGGCAGACAUCAAAGUUGUGAGUAAACUGAGGAGGGAGCCUGUUGGACCUGAAUCAAAGCGAUCUCGUUCUCAGUCUCCUUGUGUUGCUAUCGACGUCAAACUGCCGCCAUUCAAACCCAACAACCCCCUCGGUCAGGAGUUUGUGGUCCCCAAAUCAGGCUAUUUCUGUAAUCUUUGCUCAGUUUUCUACCUGAACGAGAGCACCGCCAAGGACCUCCACUGCAGCAGCCAGAGACACUACGACAACCUGCAGAAACAUUACCAGAAACUAUCAAGAAGUUCCAAACAAAGUUCUCAAGGCUCCGUUUCUGAUUGAUCCCGAUUUGUCACAAAUGUGAAAAAGAGUAAAGCUGGACCAGUGAAACGCCAGCAGCUUUACACAUCAAUGUGUAUAAUAAGCCAUGUUGGUCAUAACUAAUUGCUGUCUGCCAUCUUUAUUCAUAUAAAUGACUAAAGUAUACAUCUACCAUAAUACGUAUUAAACAUUUUAGCAUACAUUGCCCCCAAUUGGGUUUCAAACUCCCUCCAACUCUACAGUUUUGGUGCCUUGCUCAGCCUACAGUCACACGGACAUUUGUGUUGUGGAAAAACCGGAAACAUGAGCAGAGUUUCAUCAUAAAGUUUGUAAUGGUUACAUAUUUGGAUGUUAGGAGCUUCAAAAGGUGCUACAUGACCUCUUUUACCCACCAAAUUUAGAUGGAAACUUUACUGCAGGAAGCAAUGGGUCUGAGGAAGAAUGUGGUUUUAAUAACAGUACUUAGUUUCUUUUGCGCACUGUAGUAAAAUUAAUCGGUUAAUGAGAAACAAAAUCCAAAUAAAUUAGCAUGUAGCACCUUUUAGAAGAACAAACUGUUUCUCUUGCAGCCUAUUAACUUGUUUUUAUUAUUGUAUAAAUGAAGCCUAGAAUUUAAUUCAGCAAAUGAUGUAUAAAGGUCAUAUAAGUGUUAAUUUUAGCUUUAUUAACCAUGCAAGUGCAAAUUCCCGUCACUGUUGGAGCAGAUGUCUCAGCUUGAAUUCGUGAAGAACUAACCACAGUUUCUUAACUGUUAAACAAACAUUAGCAAGUUUAAACGUAAUGAGAAGUAUUUCUUUUGUUUUUGUAUGAAAACAGUUUCCUAUUGUUUUUCCUUUGGAGAGAUUUUUUUUUUUUUCUUGUGAAUUUAUUUAACUAUCAAAGUAACAAAAAGCAUAGGGUAUUUUCUGGGAUGUUUGUUUUUCUCUCAUUUUGAAACCAUAUCUGAAAUGGCACAGCAUGGUUUCUGCACAUGCAGGUGUAACAUGCCAUUUUUAUUCUGUGAUUAAAAUUAUCUCUGGUAAAUCCUAAA